CCCGCUCGAGCUACAAUUUCGAUUAGAUAGUUGCAGUUUGGUUCCCCGAACAACAACAACAACAUUAACGAACCUCAGCCUCAGUCUCAGCCUCAGCUUAUAGCUAACACACACUGGAAGCAGAAGCAGAAGCAGAAGAAGAAGAAGACUGACUGACUGAUGAAACCACAGACCAAAUAUGGCGUGGCUGCCACAGCUGCCUCCACGAUACUGUGCGAAGAUGUGCGCAACUUUACCACCCGACGCCGCAAUCUAUUGUAUCUGAUGCAUCGCUAUCUGCUCGAGAAUGGUUUCUAUAGCAGCGCCGAGGCGCUCAAGGGCGAGGGACGACUCUCCGAGGAAUUUGAGCUGUGCGACAACGUUGACCUGGAUGCCAUCUACUUGGAGUAUGCCAGUUUCUUUAACAUGAAAUUUGGCAAAUAUCCGCGCAUACUCAAGAAGGUGGCGCCUAAGCUCAAGCUCGAGCUGAAUGCUGCUCCGAAAAACGCCGCCGUGGCGAAGAAUGCUGCUGUGGCAACAAUGGGUGGAGCACAGGGAGAGGGAAACGCACAAACGUUGCAGCGACCCGGCGAUGCUGUUGCCUGUUGGCAUGCGGGUGUUGGAGCUGCCACAGCCGCAGCAGCAGCCAGUCUUGCCACAGAUCAACAGCAGCAGUUGACACACCAACAACAACACCAUCAACAACAACAGCAUCGUCCGGCAUUGCACAUUAGGAAAAUGGAAACAGCCGAAGCGACAACAGCAACAGCAGCAGCAGCAGCAGCAGCAGCAACGUCAUCAACAGACCAAACCAGACUGGCUGCAUUCACUGAAAUCGAACAUGGCCAUGCGGCAGAUGAUGCUCUGUUUGCCUCAUUGGAGUGGCAGGCACUUGCCGAGCUGGUCAAGACGAGCAUUCUCAGCGAUGACCUCAAGCUGCGCUGGUCCGAUGUCUGUGGCAAUCAGCGUGCCAUCGAGCUGGUCAAGGAGGCUGUGCUCACGCCCAUCGAGUAUCCACAGCUCUUUGCCCACGGCCUCAAGCCGUGGCGUUCGCUGCUGUUGCACGGUCCGCCGGGCAGUGGCAAAACCUUUUUGGCCAAGGCUCUCUAUGCGGAGACACGCGACAAGGUGACAUUCUUCAACAUCACCGCGAGCAUUAUGAUCUCCAAGUGGCGCGGCGAAUCGGAGAAAAUCUUACGUGUUUUAUUUCACAUGGCAGCGCGUCGGGCGCCAUCGGUUAUCUUCUUCGAUGAGAUCGAGAGUUUGACCUCGAAGCGAGAUCGUUCCACGGAUCACGAGUCAUCGAAGCGUUUCAAGAACGAACUCCUGCAACUGCUCGACGGCAUGGAGCAUACGCUGAGCGGCGUCUUUGUGCUCGCCAGCACCAAUCUGCCGUGGGACAUAGAUGAGGCCUUCUUGCGUCGCUUCGAGAAGAAGCUGCUGGUGCAGCUGCCCAGUGCCGUUGAGCGUUCGAGUCUCAUCAAUCGACUGCUGGGCUCUGUCAUCAGUUUGACGCCCAAGCUGUUGGAGGAGCUGGUGAAGUGUUCGGAGCAUUUUACGGGCGAUGAGAUACGUUUGGGUUGCAAGGAGAUUAGCAUGCAGCGCAUGCGUUGCGCCACACGCGUUGGCGUUGGCGGUGGCAAGGAGGCGACCAAGGAGUCGCAGGCUGUGCAGGAGGCGAAUGUGGAGCGUGCCUUCAAGCAGAUUAGACCACUGGGCAUGAAGCUGCUGGCCAAGCACGAGCAGUGGCAGCAGGAGAACGGCUCGUGACCAGGCACACACAAAUAACAAAUACAACUCUACAAAUCUACACUCGCAUUGCAAUCGAUUUAAAGUUUACCUUCUACUGUACGAAUUCUGAAUAAAGGCUAAAAAGAGCGAUGAACGAGGGGAUAUAUA